CUAUUUCUCCAAAUUCGACUCUUUCCAUUCUGAUUUUCAAAUCCAUUCAUCCUACGGUCCGCAACAAAAACCCAAAUCGCCCACAGCAUCUCCAAACUGUCCAUCGAGAUGUACGGAUACAGCACCGGUUCCGACCUUGAUUACCUCGACUCCAUCCGCGGAUACCUGCUGGGAGAUUCCGAGCCCCCAGCGGAAUUCCCGGCGAUGAAUGAUGCCGUCGGGAAUCAUCCGGCGACGUUUCUCCCGAGCUCCAGCUCCGACAGCGGCUGGCACUUACCGUGCCUGACGGAGAACUGGGGCGAGCUGCCGCUGAAGGUCGAUGACCCCGAUGACAUGAUGGUAUACGGGUUCCUCUGUGAUGCCGUCGGCAGCGGCUGGAGCCCGUCCGUCGCGACGGACAAUGCCGCGUUUCCGUCAGCAGCUGUGAAAUCGGAGCAGGUGGAUGCGCCGGCAGCAGCCACGCCACCGGUGAAGGCAGCACCGGUGGCCGAUAGGGGGAGGCAUUACCGCGGCGUCCGGCGCCGUCCGUGGGGCAAGUUCGCUGCGGAGAUUCGGGACCCGGCGAAGAACGGCGCACGUGUCUGGCUUGGAACGUUCGAGACGGCGGAGGAUGCCGCGCUGGCAUACGACCAAGCUGCGUACCGGAUGCGUGGGUCCCGCGCAUUGCUGAAUUUCCCGCUCCUGGUGGCUUCGGCGGGCCCACCACCUACCCCAGUCGGGAAGCGUGCUUCGCCGGAGCCGUCGUCAUCUUCGUCGGAGAAUGGAUCGCCGAAGGGGAGGAAAAGAGUGCAAUCAGGAACUCCAGCUCCGGCUCCGGCUCCAGUACAAGCCGGAUUGAAUUUAAGCAGUGGACCAGUCGCCGGGACUCGGGUGGCAGCUUUGCCAUGUGGCGAGCAGCUAUUGGUCACUUAGUUCCACGUGGAAAUGUAUAGUAUUGGUUGUGAAACAAGUGCUUUUGAAUCUCUCUCUUAGUUUUGGUGAAAUCUGUAAUGUAGAAGAGUUGAAGAGAGAGAGAUAGAAGGCCUGUUUUCAUUUGAAGGGUUGAGAGAGAGCGAGAGUGAGAGGAUGAUGUUGUGAAUAACAGUUUCUUUCAUUAUUUUAUUGGAUAAGAACCAAAA